UUACGGUGUAUCGUGGCUGUCAGUUAGCCGGUGGGUUAGCUACGGGGUGGAUCCAGCCGAAAGUACGGCCGAGAGGGGUGCGUCAGGACGCGUGGGGAGGACGCUUUCGCAACGGUGUGCAUCGUUCGCUUCCCUUUCGCUCUAUCCUAUUUUCCAUGUGACCGGCGGAUACGUUGGUAUAAGGGUCGGAAAGAAUUUCUAUCGAACAGGAUUAAAAGGAAGAUCGAAGAGGAACGUUGCGAGUGCCAUGAGAAGGAAAAGUGCUCUACCAAACGUUCAGGACACGUUCCGAAGCGAAAGGACGACAAAAACAAAGGAUAAUAACGAGGAACCAAAGGAUAGCCUGGAGUAUUCGUGAAAUGGAGAGGCUCUGACCUAAGAGAAACGGAAGUAGUUCAAUUUCCUUCAACGAUGAAUCGAGAAAACGAGGAACAGCGACCAGUAUCACAAACGCUUUGCGGGGCUUUGCAAAAAGAACCGAAUUGCAAAUGUUUGGUAUUAUCGGUGUUAAUAUACGGAUGCCUUGCCGCAGUGACGUGGUGUAGAUGCGCGAAUGUCACCAAGGUGGUGAUCAAUUAUUCGAGAUACCCGAUUAAAAGUACCAGGCACGUGUCUCCUUGCGACGAUGGUUACAUUUAUAUUCCCGUGGCAUUUAUGGGAAUGUUAUAUCUGGUUUACCUCGUGGAAUGUUAUCAUUCGCCGAUCAGAAUCGAUUUAUUGCACGCGGAGAGCCAGGACAGCGUUUUGUCGAAGCUGUCGCAAUUGAAGACAGCUCAGCCGACGAUCUGGUGGAAGGCUGUCUCUUACCAUUACGUACGCCGGAAACGACAAAUUACCCGGUACAGAAACGGAGACAAUUACACUACGACGCAGGUGUACUAUGAAAGAAUAAACACUCACGCAGCAACGUCCUUUUAUUACUACGAUUACUGCGGCGUGAAGGAUAUCAGCAAAGAGUUGAUUCUAGAUCCAAAAGUGCCAAUCACGAAGAUCAAUCUCAGCAAAGGAUUCGCCUUUUCGAACAUGAGAUCGGCGACCGAGUUUGAAGAAGCAAGAUCGAGAUUCUUUGCCGAACAAGAGUUGAGAGACGAUUACAUGGAAAUGAGAGAGGGUUUGGAUCUCGGAUACAACCUGAACCCUACGACCUUGGUAGCUGUUCUUGGUAAUCCAUGGUUCACCAAUCGCUACGUGUACUGGUGUCUGAGCGCACUGUUGCUUAGCUGGCCUCUUAGAGUGAUCAUAGAGUACAAAACCCAGUACGCGGAUUAUCAGAUCACGAAACUGUUCGGGAUUAACUACGACACACCUAGCGGAAGCGAGCCGAUACACGCGUCCAUGAGCCAGCAGACCAUUAACCAGCCCGGCUCUUACAUGUUGGCCCCAAGUUACAGCGAGGCCCUUCUCAUGGAUCCAGCGCCCGACCAAAGACCCCAGGACCCGAGCAUUACGGAAAUGGUACCCAGUUACUCCGAGGCGUUGCUCUACCAACGGGCAGAGCAAGGCUGCACCAUGAACGAUGAAACGAACAACGAGAACCCGAAUCACCUCCAGGAACAGCCUCGCGAAUGUUCCUGUCCUUGCCAUUCUGAAACCAGCACCGCCGAAGGUACAAGACCGGAAGAAGACGUUGGGCAAUCGGGCAGUGCCAGAGAACCAUUGAUACAGACAACCAUCGAUGUGUAUCCUCCAGUCUGCACCUACGUCAGCCAAACGGAGACUGGAAGAUGUGGAAGCUGUGGGAAACUCUUGGUGGAAGCGCAACUGGAGAACCCAGAAGUCUCCAGAAAUGAACGUACCCCUGGAAGCAGCUCUUCAGGGAUUCACAAUCCCAGGAGAGAGUUGAUGAGCAGCGUUAUGCCUCGAGACAUGUCCGAGCCGAACCUCAGGUUCCGAUCAGAGCUGAUGGAAACUGACACCAAGUUUCUUCGAAUAAAUGGGCAAAGUUUGAGGAAUAUCUUGGAGAGUGAACAAGAGGAAGAGUUUAACGAAGAGAGGGUACGAGGUAGCGAAGAAAAAAGAGGAGAGAGAUUGAGAUUCUCUCUUUGCUCGUUGGAUGAAGCAAGUUCUCAAUCGAGAACAGUGGACGCGAGUAGAGGAGCGAUACCGAAGAGGACAGCAGCUCGAAGCAGGGUCAUAGCGAACCCUAUGUCGAACGAGACGUGUCCUCUGCCCGAUUCCAAGACUUACUUCUGUCUAAAGUCCAUUCUAAAACAAAACAACAGACGCUAUACACUGAUAACCGCCAGAGAGCUUCAGAAUCUCUCUGAUCAAGAGGAGGAGGAAGUGGAUAGACGUCGUCGGGUACGAUCUUCCUAUCACGAGGGUUGCAUCCCUGUAUGCGCGUCCGAUACAGAGGGAAGAUUCAAUCUAUUUUCAAGAUCGAGGGAAAGUUUGGACGCGGUGCUUGGGAAGAAGAGGAAGCAACCGGGAAACGUGUCGAAUGAUAAAACCGAGGAUAUCUCCAUGUGCAAACGUGAUAACAAUAGAACUCUGAUUUUCGCGAGUCCGAUACAAGAAGUCUGUCCGGGUGACCCGUUCGGCGGGAAGGAUCUUGUUCGAACCCGACAGGAAGUCGAUUGCACCCCUACGGAAGAGACGCCGAGUCACACCGUCCUGGGCCAACUCGGACGGUCGCUGACUUGCGACCGGAAGUCAUCUAGGCGUCGGUUCCAAGACGCUCGCAGACAACGCUACUCGGACUCGUCCCAACCUUCCGCUUUCUCUUGCCCCCCCGAUCGUCAACACCCUUAUCCGUACGCUUUCUCGGCGUCGACGAAUGCCAUGGACGCGAUAGAUUUUGGCAAGAACGAGUCGCAGGUUCGAGUUUCGCAGCACGCCACGUCCUUCCCUCCGUACGAAGGAUCGACGCGUAACGAGAAGACGAGCAACGAUGUUACCGACAGAGUAUCCUCCGAAGACACCUUCAAAGGGGAAUUAACUCGCUCGUUGACCGAGAGACGAGCUAAGCCUGCGCGACAGGAUGUUAAUGUACGCAGAAGCUUCACGGGCAGGGUCGAGGAUUACAGAACGGAUAAUAACAAAUGGACGAACUUGAACAUGGAGACGUCGUUAUAACGAAGGAACAUAUAAGCCAAUAGAAUGUAAAUGUAAAUAUCCGUCCUAAUUUUCACGGUUCAAGAUCCUGUAAAUACGAGUUCGAAGGCUCGAGAUGGAACGCGACCAGUGAGAAAAGCUGGUUAGGAGGAUUUAGAAUUUGGAGAAAGGAAAAGACGAAGCGUGAAACGCUGUCGAUGUUGCCAAUUGGAAUUACUAUCGUGAUUACAGCGUUUAAUAAAUUCGCUGUCCACGUUUUAUUAGACCAAAUCAUUCAAUGACUAUGCAUGGACAUGAAUCCAAUGCAACCACCUUGCAGAAAACGCAAAGCAUCGAAUGUAUCGCGAUGUCAAUUCGUAGUGAACGUGAAAUUUGUAAAACAAAAUCGUCCGCUCAAUUGCAAGCAGGAAAAAAACCGUAGUUUUUAAAUGGUUCAAUCGAAUGGAAAUCCGUGCCGAAAAAAAAAAAAAUACGACCGAAAGUCUUCGCUUUCCCGUGCAUAGAUACGAAAGUAUACAUAUAUUAUAUAUUUUUGUCUACACGUUUGCUCGCGCAAAGCUAAGAGAAGAAACAAGUCGUCGUAUAUUAUACGAUCGUUGUUUUUACCGAUCUCUCGAUGUUUCCAUUGAGAUGUUUGUAUUACUAGUCGGUACAUUACCUACAUUAUACUAUUAUACAUAAUUGUCGCGAAAGAACAAACGCACCGUUAUAUGCUUUUAGGAAAAUAUUUUUCAUAUACUCGGAUAAUGUGUAUCGAUGCCAAUUGCUGAUCGUGAUAAUCAUUGAUAAAAAUUAUUACUAAUAAUAACGAUCGUGGUAUAAUUAAGUUGAACGAGAAUAAAAUCCAACGCAAAAUUAUUUGGCAUAAAAAUAAUAUAGUAAAACGUUAAAAUUUUCGCAUAAACAUUUAUAAGUUAUACGCGAAUACUGUUUCAGAACCACCUGUCUUUGUAUAUCCACGAGUAGGCAUUUAAUUUUUUCAAAUGGACGCCGUUCGGAACGACAUCUAUCGAGAGAUUACGGUUUAAACGCUUGCCCCGUAGAAAUACGCGCAGAAAAAGUUAUUUGAUAUUAAUCAUUGCAAAUUAGUAAUAAAAAUUCAUGUCUUACAGGAAAGGGGUUAAAGAGCUUAAUUAUACCACGAUAGUACAUGUCUAUAGUAAGUUAACCUGGAUUUCGAAGUCCAUACGUGCAUAUGUGUGUACUUGUAAUUUAAUACAAUUAAUGUCGACAAAAUGUAACGUUAAUUCACGUUACGGUUUAUCACGUGUCAACCCAUUCGAUAUUGGUGUUUUAAUCAAUGAAGAAAAGAAAAAUGUUACCCUUGUCAAGGGCAAAGUACAAGAGUACAUAUAUUGAGUACGAAACAAGAGUACGUGCAUUAAGAGUACGAACAUUUAUAAUAAGAGUUCUUUACUGUUGAAAUACAUAAAAGUUCAUUCGAAUGGGUUGAAAUUUAUUACAUGCAUCGUAAAUUUGUCUAUGAAGAAUGACUAGCUAUUGAAAUCGUAUUCACUCACCACACUUGAUGCGAUGAAACGGAUGAAAGGCGAUGAAAUUUCCACCGGAAAUUGUCCCAGUCGGUAGAUAUCCGCUCUGAUGAUAGAAAUCGUC